AUCUCUCUCUUGAAUCCAAUCAAUCAUGGCCGAAGAAAAAGAGAAUUGCGUUAGAAUGACAAGAGCAGCGACUAAAAGAAAAGCUUCAAUGGAAGCAACAAUAGACGAAGAACGAAUCAACAAGAAGAGAGUCGUUCUCGGAGAACUUCCAAACUUGUCCAACAUCAAGAAGCCUCGAAAAGCUACUAAGAUUCCGACAAAACAGAAGAAAUCAGUUCCGAUUCCGACACUCUUAACCUUAAACUCAGACAUUGAUACAAGAUCUGAUGAUCCUCAGAUGUGUGGUCCUUAUGUUACUUCAAUCUUCGAGUAUCUUCGUCAAUUAGAGGUGGAAGCAAAAUCAAGGCCUUUGGUUGAUUAUAUUGAGAAGAUUCAGAAAGAUGUAACUUCGAAUAUGAGAGGAGUUUUGGUUGAUUGGUUAGUAGAAGUUGCUGAAGAAUAUAAACUUCUCUCAGACACUCUUUAUCUUGCUGUUUCUUACAUUGAUAGAUUCUUGUCUCUCAAGACUGUUAAUAAACAAAGGCUUCAGCUUUUGGGAGUUACAUCAAUGCUUAUUGCUUCAAAGUAUGAAGAGAUUACUCCUCCAAAUGUGGAAGACUUUUGUUAUAUUACAGAUAAUACUUAUACGAAACAAGAGAUUGUUAUGAUGGAAGCUGAUAUACUUCUUGCGUUGCGAUUUGAAUUAGGAAACCCGACAAGCAACACGUUUCUGAGACGGUUCACAAGGGUUGCACAAGAAGAUUUCGAAAUGUCACAUUUACAGAUGGAGUUUCUUUGUAGCUAUCUUUCGGAGUUAAGCAUGUUAGACUAUCAAUCUGUGAAGUUUCUUCCAUCUAUUGUGGCUGCUUCAGCGGUGUUUCUCGCUAGGUUCAUCAUCCGUCCAAAACAACAUCCCUGGAAUGUGAUGUUAGAAGAAUACACAAAAUACAAAGCGGGUGAUUUGAAAGAAUGUGUGGAUUUUUCAGCUUCUUCUUCUUUAACCAUGGACAACAAGUUUAACGGCGAACGCAACAUCUGGUCAACGGCGACGGCGGCGGAGGAGAAUCUAUCAACGGCGUCUUCGUCUUCUCAGUCACAACCACCGCGGAUGCAGUCGCUUCCGUUUUUUCCACCGGAGAGUCAUCACAUCCACAGAGCUAAUGGUUUCUCAAGUCAUGAUUCUGAUUUGCAAACCCUAGAAUCUUCUUUUGGUGGGCUUUCUUUUGCAGAUUCAUCAACUGUUCGUCAGAACAGUACUCAUAGACGACCCCGACCCCGUCCCCGUCGUUUCAGCGAUGUUGGUGGUGGUAGUAGUGGUGUUAAUGGUGGUGGUGGUGGUGGUGGUGGUAGUGGUGUUAAUGGUGGUGGCUACUUGGUUCCUCCGAGUCCUUACCACCGUGAAUUAGAAGAGUUUCAAAGGUUUAAUCAGAAUCAGCAGAGAUUGUCUAAUCAGAACAAUUGUGUUAAUCAUUCUGAUGGGUAUAAUACACUUGACAAUGAUUUCUUGAAUGGAGUUCCUUAUGCUCCAAGAAACCAUGUCUCUGAUCAAAACCCUUGGGGUUAUUACCCUGAUGGUUUUGAGUCUGAAAUCAACAAUUCUUGGAGGAGUAAUGUCUAUUAUCAAGAUCAGAUGGAGAACGGGAGAGGCUCGCUCUAUGCCAUUGCGAAAGACGCAGUGUGGAGCAAGAAGCUGUUGGAGACUAUCUAUCAGGGUACUAAAGAGACGAUUGAUACGAUUUUCGACCGUAUAAUUGUCCAUAUUUGUGAGUUGAUGGUGGAUCCUUAUGGUAGUGAUGUUGUUAUGUUGCUUAUUGGAAAAUGCUGCUCUGAACAAAUCAUUCAGAUUGUUGAUCUUGUCACUCAGGACAUGUUUCAGUUUGUUAACAUAUGCUUUGAUGAGCGCGGAACAGCGGCAAUACAAGAGCUGUUGGGCAGUAUUCAUAAGCGUGCUAAUGAUCAAAUCCCGCGCAUCAUGGAUCUUAUCAGCUCGGUAGGACUUCAAUUGGCAAGGAGCAGCAAUGCUAGAUAUCUGAUUCUGUCAUGCUUCCGCCUGUUUCCUCUCUCGCACUGUAGGUAUCUUCUUGAAGUUGUCGCUAGACAUUGUUACGAGAUAGCGAUUGAUCAACAUGGCUGCUGCUUGCUUCAGCAUUGUUGUGACAAGAUUCGUGUUCCGAAUCCUGAGAUAAGGCAACGUUUAAUUUCGGAAAUAAUCUCUCAUGCGUUGAAACUCUGCUUGAACUGCUACGGAAACUAUGUGGUUCAGUAUAUCGUGGAGCUCAAUCAUCCACAUGUGACCAACGCGCUCGUGAGACAGCUAGUAGGGAACUAUGCACACCUUGCCCGCAACAAGUAUGGAAGUCAUGCUGUGCAGAAGUUGUUGAAACUAAGGGGUAUAAUUGACACUAGGUUGAUUGUGGUUGACUUACUUAGUCAGAUUGAUACACUUCUUCUUGACCCGUUUGGAAACUAUGUCAUUCAAACCGCGUGGUUUGUGUCUAAGGACGAUGUGCGCCACAUGUUGAGGUAUCAUAUAGAGCUUAACAUUCGAUUGAUGAGGUGCAACAAAUUUGGGAACAAAAUUCUGGAGAAACUCAAUCUCUAGAGAGUUCCAAUGGUACAAAGAAGUGGUGUGGUGUUUUGGUAUUGUUUUUGAUCGAUUGAUUGUAUGGUUUUUUUGUGCAUUGUUUUCUCAGCAUUUUUUUUCUUCACUUUAAUUCUACUAUCACAUUUGUCAAACACUA